AUGCGGGCGAGGAUCAUAUACACAAGGGUUUGUGUAGAAGCAGACCUAACAAAACCUCUUCUCUCUCAGUACAAGAUUUGA